GGGGAAAGGAGCCGCCGGGCAGCCGCUGCUCAGUCGCGGCGAGCCGGGCGAGCGCAGCUGAGCCGGCGCGCCCUGCUCGUCUUUGCGCCCCGGAGCCAAGCGCACCUGCCCAGAGGGGGACCCCGAUGGGAGCCCGGCACGAUGCCCCGACGGCGGCGGCAUGAGCAGGCGGAGGCGGCGGCGGACAGAAGCCCCCUUGGGAGCCCCGGAGAGACCACCCGCAACCUCUCCAUCGACCGGCCGGGACGGAGGUGAGCAGCAGCGCAUCGGGGCGCAUUGCGCGUUUGGGAAAGGAGAGCCGUGGAGACGUGGGUGCGGGGACCCCCAUUCUCUUGGGCUGGGGCUCCUCUUCCUGCGCCACGGCGCGAGAGAGGUCCCCUGAACACGUGCAGAGUGUUUUCCCUUCUCUUUCUGGGCAGCCGCCGCGGCCCUCGCUUUUGCGCAUGGGGAUGGUUAAGUUCUCCUCUUAGAAAUUGAAUUAUACGACUGCAAUUAAUUACACGUUAUUAGUCACUUUUUAAUAGACGGAAAUAUCUCAGGGGGUUGGAGCGGGCGACCCUCGGGGUCCCUUGACAAUUCCCAGCGGCUUGCAACAGUAAUAGACACAUACAUUAAAAUGGGUUAAAUUAAAUGAACUAAAUUUACCGGUUGCUUUUUUUUUUUACAAAAACAACUGAGUGCAGCUUAGGAUAAAACGCACAUGUACAUUAGAGUGGGCUAUCCCCACUUAUCCUCAGAACAACCCUGCCAGGUAGAUGAGGCUGUGGACAGAACCUCAAGCCCCCCCCCCCAAUAAACGCCAGUAAGCAUCAUAGCUGAGUACACAUUCGCACUCGGGUCUUUGCCCUCGGGGUAGCAAAUAAUAAUGGGCUCUCAUGCCCAAAUCUGUCACACCACGCCUGAUAUUCGGCAGACUCAGGAAAGCAGGCUGGCUUUUAAAAAUUCUUUUGCCUUGGCAAACUUUACUCCUUUAGAGUUUGUGCCAGGUUGAGCCAGACAAAUGGAUAGUCCAGUCCAUGGUUAAUUUAUAAAAGGAAAGGUUCUGGGGUUCUAAGCCCUGCUUAGAAAUUAAGCCCUUCGCCCUGGAUGAUCAACACACUUAACUAUUCAAUAAAUUUUACAAACCGCCUGAUAAUCAGCAAAUCUCUCAGCCGUGUACAUAAAACAGUGAAAUAACCACGCAGAUAGAAAUCAGCCGAAUUCAAAAACAAGUUAGGCAUGACUAAAUUACACGUCCGGACAGACUGGCUUGCUGAAAUAUAUAUAUUUAGCAGGCGUCUAAAAGUAUAUAAAAGCACCUGACGAAUUUUCCUAGCGAAAAUGCAUCACGUGCAGGGCUGUUUGCUUAGUGAGGAAUGUACUCUGCACGUCCCCAGGGGCCUUUGGAUUCCCCAGAUCUGACUCCUGGGGCUGAAAAAAGAUUCUGGAAUUAAGGCCAGGGCUCAAAUGAAGCCCCAUAUCGGUCCAACUAGGAAAGUAUCACAGAACUGUAGAGUUGUAGAAAGGGACCCUAGGGUCAUCUAGUCCAACCCCCUAAAAUGCAGGAACCUCAGCCAAUCGUAGAUACCCAAAAGGAACAGUGGAGUUGCAAACUUUAUGUAGGACCAACGGAAGUGGAGAUCAAGCUUUCAAACGCCCCAGAACUCCUCUUCAGGUUAGGCGUUAAGAAGAAGGGGCAGACAGGCAAGAGAAUUGCAGAGCCCAAAGGGACCCCCAAAGCUCAUCUAGCCCAGCCCGCUUCAGUGCGGGAAUCGCAGUGGUGAUUCUCUUUGCGCCCUGAUUAGGGGCCUCAAAGAUUGCACUGGGCCUCCCCCCCCCCCCGCAUGAAUGUCAGCCCCUCUUCUGAUCGCUGGUGACCCAGAAGUAAUUUUAGGUAAAGGUAAAGGGACCCCUGACCGUUAGGUCCAGUCGUGACCGACUCUGGGGUUGCGGCGCUCAUCUCGCUUUAUUGGCCGAGAGAGCCAGCGUCCAGCUUCCGAGUCAUGUGGCCAGCAUGACUAAGCCGCUUCUGGCGAACCAGAGCAGCGCAUAGAAAUGCCGUUUACCUUCCCGCUGGAGCGGUACCUAUUUAUCUACUUGCACUUUGACGUGCUUUCGAACUGCUAGGUUGGCAGGAGCAGGGACCGAGCAACUGGAGCUCACCCCGUCGCGGGGAUUCGAACCGCCAACCUUCUGAUCGGCAAGUCCUAGGCUCUGUGGUUUAACCCACAGCGCCACCCGCAGCCCUUUUAGACAUGGCCUAAUGUCUCCAGGAUGGCAGAGGGAACUGCUGCCUGUCUCUCCCAGUUCCCUGGACCUUUUGCCCCCUUAGCCACUGAGGUCAGUUAUGGACCCACAAAAGGAGACUUCUAAAACCUUGAGAGCCACUGGCAGCCUUUACAGUCAAGACUGUGCUAUGUUCUGGUUUCGGGGUCUUACGGACUGGCAUUUCCCCAUGUGGGUGGUAUUCUGCAACAUCUAUAGCUCCAUUUCUGCAGCAUGGGACUCUGAAUCUCAGGGCCCUGGGCGAAAUAUUCCUCCAUUGCAGGGGGCUGGAUUAGAUGACCCUCGUGCUCCUGGCAGAAUUCGAGACCAGGGAGAAGGGUCGAUGGAAGAAGACUGGAAAAAAUUCAAAAUAUAUCUUCAAAAAUACUGCAACAUAAAAGAAUGUUAGAAAGAGGUUGGAAAAAGAAUAUUAGGUCGUUCUGGCAGAUAUGAUAUAAUGGACUAAGUAAAAAUGAGGUGUUGAAAUAGAUGAAAUAGAGGAGGUUUAAUUACAUUAUUUUAAUUUUAAAAUACGUAAAUGAAAAGAAGGUUAGAAGGAUUUGCUGGAAAUACGAUCUGAACUAGAAUACAAAAUUGGGAGGUGAGAGGAGGUCAUGGAAAUAAGUAAAGGGAAAAAGGCUAAGUAAAGGUUUAAUCUGUUUUUUUUUUUAUUUUAACUUAAUGUAUUUUUAUAUUUUUUGUUAAGUCUUCUUUUAUAUUCUAUUUUAUUGUUCUUUUUUAUUUGUUCAUUCUACGCUUUGUUACGGUUAAAGUUUUCUUUGUAUUUUCUAUGGUUUUUCUUUUUUUUUUUUGUAACUUUAAAUUUGGAAUAAAUAUCAUUUUAAAAAAAUUUAAAAAAAUAGAUGACCCUCGUGCUCCUGCCCACGAGGCUAUGCCAUUGACGUAAUAAUCGUGUGUCAGGAUUUAUACGAGACCAUCCACACGUCAUUCCGUUUUAUUAGUUGUUUUGGGACUUUUCCCGUGUGGAUCUGGACAGCCAAGCCUCACGACAAACGGUUGAGAAGCAAUAUGCUAGAUUAAAUGUAAAGUAUUGGUUGUGUUGAGAAUGGAUUUAUGAAAGAUUUAGAAAACUUAUUGAUUAGAAUAUUUGUGUGAGAUUGCAUGGGGAAAAUACGGAAUAACAGAUACAAUCUUGCUUAAAAUGUAUAUAGGAAGUGCAGUGUAAGCGACGGAAGUCAAUCAACGAAAUUUUAUUAUUAUUUUCAUAUUGAGAUAUUUAUAGAAUAAAUUUGGAAGAAAUUCUUCCAACUUUUCUUCUUCUUUUUCUCUUUUGUUUUUUUAUCUAUGUUUGCUUAUCUGAAAUAUAUACGUAUGUAUUUGCAAUAUUUUGCUUAGAUUUUGUAACAAUUGUGUUAAAUAAAUUAAAUAACUAAAUAAAGGGGGGGGUGAGAGAGAGAGAAGUAAUAUGCUAGCCACCUUUAAAUCUUUGAAGGGCUGUCCCAUGGAUGAUGGAGCAAGCUUGUUUUUCUGCUGCCCCAGAGGGUGGGACCCACGGAUUCAAAUUGCAAGAAGGGAGAUUCCAGCCAAAUACCAGGAAUGCUAUUCCAACCAAAUAUUAAGAAGAACUCUCUGAGGGCUAAGAGCUGUUUUAACAGUGGAACAGACAACCUAGGAAUGUGGCAGACUCUCCUCGUUGCAGGGUCUUAAUUAAGCCUUUGGAGAUUCUUUUGCAUUGGAGGGGGCUGGACUAGAAUAUGACCCAUCUCUACAAUUCUAUGAUUGCCAUCUGGAGAGGAAAUCUUGUACUACAGCGCAACAAAAGCAGGACACCCCCCCCCACACACCCCAGGAAUAAUAAAAUCAUCAUCAUCAUCACCACCACCACCACCACCAUCAUCUGUGGCGUCAAAGGAAGUCAGGAUUUCCGCUGGAAGUUCUGGAAACAGAGUGGGAUGACUGCCCCACAGCUUUUGCAGGCAGAAAAGCUAUUGAAAGCAGAAUCACGUCUAACCGCCCUGACAGUGUCACGAGUGCAAUUCAUUGUGAAUGCAUAAUUAAAAAAGAAAAGAAAAAAGGAUGUCUGGAGGGGCCCUUAGCAGUGUCCUAACUGGGAAAGAUGGAGGUCACAAGGAGAAGGGGACGACAGAGGAUGAGAUGGUUGGACAGUGUUCUCGAAGCUACCAGCAUGAGGGAGGCAGUGGAAGACAGGAGUGCCUGGCGUGCUCUGGUCCAUGGGGUCACGAAGCGUCGGACACGACUAAACAACAACUGGAUCUGUCCAGGGACGUGGGUGGCGCUGUGGGUUAAACCACAGAGCCUAGGACUUGCUGAUCAGAAGGUCGGCGGUUCGAAUCCCCACGACGGAGUGAGCUCCCGUUGCUCGGUCCCACCUCCUGCCAACCUAGCAGUUCGAAAGCACGUCAAAGUGCAAGUAGAUAAAUAGGUAUCGCUCUGGCGGGAAGGUAAACGGCGUUUCCGUGCGCUGCUCUGGCUCGCCAGAAGCGGCUUAGUCCUGCUGGCCACAUGACCCGGAAGCUGUACGCCGGCUCCCUCGGCCAAUAAAGCGAGAUGAGCACCACAACCCCAGAGUCGGCCACGACUGGACCUAAUGGUCAGGGGUCCCUUUACCUUUACCUGGAUCUGGGCAGCCUUUGGGGCUCCUGGACAAGUGUCCCACUGACAUCGAUACAUUUCAGUAGGGAUUAUGUGGGAGGACUUGGUGGCGGAUUGUGCCCCAUGUGGGACACUGAGCUGUGGCCCCUUUGACAGAGCUGGUCCCUGAUCUGGAGGCUUUCCCCCUCCCUCCCUGAAAACCUCCCCCCCCCCUCUUCGCAAGGAACCCUUAAGGAGCAGGCUGUGGGUGUUUGGGGACAAAGAGUUCAGGCGUAUCACAAACGACUUCCCGAGAUGAUAGCUUUUAACAGUGCCAGCAUCUUCUUCAAACACCGUCACACCGCCUCCCCCAGGUUGGUGGAGGUUGUUAAGGGAGGAUACAGCAGGCGAUGCGGGAAAGACCCAUUUCCGUCCGAGUAGGCAAAACUGGGCUGGAAGGAUGGACAAAUCACUGUGAUUUCUGGUGUACGGGCUGCUUCCUUCAUUCCUCGGCCAGUGAACACAGAAAGCUUCUUCUGCGUCCAGCCUGCACUGGUUGACAGCAGCAUUCUACCUGAUAGGAGAUGCUCAGUACGUUUGCAGAGCACCAGGUUCAUAGGAUUGUAGAGUUGGAAGGGACCCCUGGGGUCAUCUAGUCCAACCCGCUGCAGUGCAGGGAUCUCAGCUAAAGCAUCCAUGGCAGAUGGCCACCCAACCUCUGCUUAAAAACUUCAAAUGAAGGAGAAUCGACCACUUCCCAAGGGAGAUUGUUCCACUAUCAAACAGCCCUUGUUGUCAGAAAGCUUUUCCUAAUGUUUAGUCUAACUCUGCCCUGAAGUCAAUGCAGCCUUGAAAGGGUUAGGGUCUCCUCACAGCAAUUUCUCUCUCUUUUUUUAAGGGGUGGUUUAGUAUUUCUAGCACACAAAGAAUGAAGAUUCCUCCUCUCUCCCCAGCCACGCAGGGGCCCUCCCCGGAUCCUAUUUAUGUUUUCAUUUUUGCCGCCCGUCGGCACCAGCUAACAAAAUUGCGACGAUAAAAAACUGAGUUUCAAGUGGUAAUUGCAUCAGCGCAAAUGCAAUUUCUGAAGCCUACGGAACACAGGGAGGCGGCAGCCGGGGCAUAAAUGAGCAACCUGGUUAAAACUGCCUCUCCCCCUUCCCUAAAUGCUUCUGCUUGCUUUGGGAAAAUGUGGCGCUAGGAGGGUCUUAAUCUGCCUGGCUUAAUGGCUCUGGGGGAGAGAGAGAGAGGGAUGAAGGGAGAACAUGACUUAAAAGACAGGCCUGGAUAGUUCCUCAUGACCAGCCUAACUUCAAAGGGGGAUAAAGGAAACAGGUCUCCCCUUAGGGCAGCCUGGCCCGGGGCCUGCACUGUUUAUCUGAAUCAUAGAUACCUUAUAGUCUUUCCUGUUUUCUGAAUGCAGGCAAUUCAAAACUAAAUCAGAGGAAUACCUUCCCCUAAUAUCAUAGAGCCACAAAAUUUUAGAGUGGGAAGGGACACCUGAGGGUCAUCCAGUCUGACCCCCGGAAAUGCAGGAGCCUCAACUGAAGCAUCCCUGACCAAUGGUCAUUCAACCUGUUUAAAAACCUCCAAGGUAGGAGAGCCCACCACCUUCAGAGGGAGUCUGUUCCACUGUCAAACCUCUUCCAGGCAAAAAGAUAUUCCUAAUGUUUCAUUGGAAUCUCCUUCCUUGCAACGUGAAGCCAUGGGUUCGAGCCCUACCCUCCAGAGCAGGAGAAAACAAGCUGGCUCCCUCUUCCAUGUGACAGCCCUUGAGAUAUUUGAAGAUGGCUGUCCUGUCAGCUCUCAGUCUUCCCUUCUCCAGGCUACGCAUACCCAACUCCUCCAGCCAUUCCUCAUACGGCUCCUCUGCACACCUUCCAGCUUGUCAGUAUCCAUCUUAAACUGUGGCACCCAGACAGAGGGACACAGUGCUCCAGGGGUGGCCUGACCAAAGCGGAAUGUUGUUAUUGUUGUUGUUUAGUCGUUUAUUUGUGUCUGACUCUUCGUGACCCCCUGGACCAGAGCACGCCAGGCACUUCUGUCCUCCACUGCCUCCCGCAGUUUGGUCAAACUCAUGCUGGUAGCUUUGAGAACACUGUCCCACCAUCUCGUCCUCUGUCGUCCCCUUCUUCUUCUGCCCUCAACCUUUCCCAACAUCAGGGUCUUUUCCAGGGAGUCUUCUCUUCUCAUGAGGGGGCCAAAGUCUUGGAGCCUCAGCUUCAGGAUCUGUCCUUCCAGUGAGCACUCAGGGCUGAUUUCCUUCAGAAUGGAGAGGUUUGAUCUUCUUGCCCUCCAUGGGACUCUCAAGAGUCUCCUCCAGCACCAGAAUUCAAAAGCAUCAAGGCGAUCAGGGAUGAUGGAGAUUGUACAUAUUUGAUCUCCUGCGUUUGCCCUCUGACAAAGAAAUAACCAGUCCAUUAAUUUUAAUGGUAGGUUUAUUGUAGCUGUGAGAGACAGAAUUACAACAGGAAAACCCCCAGAAACCCAGAAGACAAAAAUCAGAGAUUGAUGUGCAUUGUUGUUGUUUGUUGUUUAGUUGUUUAGUCGUGUCCGACUCUUUGUGACCCCCCUGGACCAGAACACGCCAGGCAAUCCCUAAGAAUGGAUCAGUUGGAUCUUCUGGCAGUCCAUGGGACUCUCAAGAGUCUCCUCCAGCACCAGAAUUCAAAAGCAUAAAGAAGGUCAGCCUUCUUUAUGGUCCAGCUUUCACUUCCAUACAUCACUACUGAUGUAGAAUAGAGUGGGACUAUUACUGGACAGGUGGGGCUCAUCCACCUGGAAAGGAUGCCCAUCCAGGAGAAGGAAAACUCUCGAACAUAAAGCUUUUUUAGGAGAAGAAAAGACCUGGGAGCAAAGCCUCUAAGGCGGUUGGAUGGCGCCUUGUACGCCUCCAUCCAGCAACUCCUGCAGCCAAGCCGGUGCCAAAUGUCUUCCUCUGCUUUCCGUUGGACCACAUCCGUGAGGGGGUCUUGUCAACUUGGCAGCCCAGGACCUCCAGACACACUCGCUGCGGAGGUCACUUCGGUGAUGCUAACACAGCAAAAACAAUGCAGUUAUGAGUUACCGGUCUCUGUAGCUACAGCAAGCGCUGUGAUUCUGGAGCAGUUUGAUUUGGCCCGCCAAAGCACACUCCAUUGUCUCUGGAGAAUGACGGAUGCCCGCAAAAUUACCAAUCCUCCAUUCAUUCAUUUACUGUGUUUCGCACUGCAUUCCUGCCAGUGCAUUUAAAAGAUAUUUAUGCUGGUGACCAUCGCUGCCUCUCCUGGGAGCAAAUCCCAGAGCUUCAGCUGUACUGGAUAAGGCCCCCCACUGGGUUCUAGUAUUAUGGGAGGGAGGAAAGUUCUCUAUCCACUUUCUCUACAACAUGCAUAAUUUAGCACACCUCUGUGAGGUCUCUCUCUCUGCCCCCCCAUCUACCGCAUUUUUCGCACCAUAAGACGCACCUGACCAUAAGACGCACCUAGUUUUUAGAGAAGGAAAACAAGAAAACAAAUAUUCUGAACGAAACAGUGGAUGUAUGAUUUUUGUGGUUCAUGCUGUGGCCACAGACAUGUGAUUUGACGGUGAGUUUGGGGUAGCCCAGUGCAAAAAUCCUGAGGAUCCAUGUGGAUCCGUGCUUUGUAACCAUGUUUUUGCGCCAUUGCGGCCCCACGCAACAGUGGGUGCGUGGUUUUUUUUGAUACAGGCUGUAGCCAUGGACAUGCUAUGUGAUCUGGUGGUGAAUUUGGGGUGACCCAAUGCAAAAAGUCUGAGGAUCCAUGGGCUUUUACCUCCCCUCUCCCAGGCAGCCUCCUUUAUCGCUAACAUCCCUUAUCUCCCUCCCGAUCGCUUGCCGAUCAGCUGUUUCCUUUCAGCACUCCCUUCCCUCUUGUUUGCCAUAAUGUCUUUUCCUUAGCUGGAGCAGUUUUUUGCUCCUCCUUUUCUUCUAAUUUCUCUUCUCAUUGCUUUAGUCUCUCUGUCUCCUCUCCUUGCAAGUUUGCUCUUUACCUCCCCACUCCCUGGCAGCCUCCUUUAUCGCAUCCCUUAUCUCCCUCCCGAUUGCUUGCCCAUCAGCGGCUUUGUUUCAACACCCCCUUCCCUCUUUCAAAAAAGAAAGAAAGAAAAAAAAAAGAAAGAGCACAAUCUGCUUUUUGCCCCGGGCAAUUCGGCUCCAGGGACCACGCAUUCGCUCCAUAAGGCGCACAGACAUUUCCCCUUACUUUUUAGGAAGAAAAAAGUGCAUCUUAUGGAGCGAAAAAUACGGUAUCUAGCCUUUUCGCUAGAUAAAAAAUAAAAAAGCAACCCCAAAUGUUGUAACCUUUCCUCUUAAAAUAAUUGCUCCACCCGCUUGAUCAUUCCGAUUGUGUUUCUUCUGCAAACAAGCAGAGAUGCCUGCAACUGAUAAAAUGCACUUUUGAUCAAAGUCACGCACUGGAUCCUUCAAGGAAGGGGUGACCCUCCCCAGAAUGAAUUGCCUGCCCCGCUGUUAACACCUCCAUCCUGUCUGGGUUGGACUUCCUGGGUGCCUCCACCGGUGCUUUGGGCAUCUGAGCAGGGGUCCCUUCAUGCCUUAACCUCUCAGGGGCUCCAGGGCUGAUGCCUCUGCCAGGCCACGUAGUUGAGGAUUCCCAGCGGUGACUCAACUUCUCGGAAAUAUCAAGUUUCUAGGCCUUAUGAUCAGAGGUCGGUUUCUAGAAAGGGACAUGCCAUGAUACCCCUCCAGGCACCAGCAACUGAAGGAGGACACUCACAAACAUGAAAAAAGGGCAACACCGUUUAGUUGCGAUCCCUGCAUUGCAGGGGGUUGGAAUGGAUGACCCUCAGGGGUCCCUUCAAAAAUCUGUAGUUCUAUGAUCAUAGACAGUGAGCGGCCAGGAGAGACCCAAGUCCUGGGAGGGGGAAACAGCCAGACAUGAUGGAUCCCUGUUUUGCCAGCUGGAGAAGCGGAGACAGAUAGGAGAGGCAGUAUGGCAGCCAAGUCCUUCUUCAUGCCAUGCUCAGUUGACCUAUGGAACUCCCUUCCACUGGAGGCAGUGAUGGCCACUAACGUGGAUGGUUUUAAAAGAGGAUUAGACAGAUUCAUGGAGGAAGAGAUCUGAUCUUCCAGUAUCCAAAGGGCUGCCACAUACAAGUGAUAGAGAAGAUUUGGAGCCAAUUGAUCCAUAUUACAAAAAAAGGGGGCGAUUUAGACUAAAGACUGGGAUGAACUUCCUGGCAGUACGGGCUGUUCCACAGUGGCAGAGGCCAGAAGGCUUUUCAGCCCACAGCCCACUGUGAUAAGAAUGUUAAGGUCUUAGAUAUAUAUUAAAUGUUCAUAAAUAUACCAACCAAGCACAUACAUAGAUCAGCACAGGAAGACCAACCUGAAACCAUUUUUUUGGCUCCCAAACUGACCAAAUGUUUUCUCUGCAAGGUCAAAGGAAAAUGGAAAAGCCUCCCCAUUGUCUUUUCCUUCACAAAUCCUGUCUUAAGGAUAUGUCUGUGUAUGAAUAGGGUGAGCCUGUGACCUGGCUCAGGAACUUAAGUAUUUAUCAUUACAAAAGACUGGCCAGGCUCCCUAGGGUAUCCAAUCAAGUGAGCAUUAACAGGUAACCUGUCAAACAAGAUAAACAACGCACUCAGAUUUCUGCUGUAGACCGCCUUUUCUGUGAUGUAGGUAUGAUGUUUCUGGGGAGUGGUCUUAGGUUACACCCCUUCUGUGAUGUAUAUAUGAUGUAUAGGGGUAGCGGUCUUGAGCUCCAGGGCAGGGAAUUUAAAAUGUCUAUACAAGGGCAGGCACACCUUUGUUCUGGGUCCUCCUCCUUUCCUGUGUGUGAGGGAAGCACCCUGUUGCAACAGAUCAAUAAAGAUAAGGCUUAGGAGCUGCUUUGCUUCCCAAUAUUCUCUGGUUGGCCUCUGUUAUUUUUUCCUACCAACAGGGAACCUACGUAAGGACUCUGUAUGGGCUCUUGGAUACCCCAUAAGGGGAAAAGGGCAGAUUUUGUUUACAACACCACCUGCCAGGGAUGCUGGAGCAGGGGGUUGGACUGGAGGACCUUUGGGGGUCCCCCCUCCAACUCUGAUGAUUCUAUAAGCCUAGCUGGAAAGACACCGUCUCUUACUUGGGACCCCGGCACGAAAGAUGAUUCAGGUCUUUCUCUCUCUCGUUAUUUCACAUGGUUCGAGUCUGACUCCUGGUACUCCAUGAAGACCAGCAAAUCCCAAAAUUAUAAUUACUUAUUAAAACGUAUUCUGCUGCUCAGAUUAAGGCAAGGCAUGAGUUGCAUGCAGGCUUUGGCAUUUGGGGACGGGAGGCAAGGAUUGUGGCACACAUUUCCAGCACGAGACCUUGGAAGGAGCAAGUACAAGUAACUUGUGGCCACUGAGCAGCGGCAACCAGAAUCCCAAUAAUAUUAAUAAUAAUAAUAUAAUAUUAUUUAUACCCCACCCAUCUGGCUGGGUCUCUCCAGCCACUCUGGGUGGCUUCCAACAAAAUAUUAAAAUACAGUGGUCUGUUAAACAUUAAAAGCUUCCCUCAACAGGGCUGCCUUCAGAUGUCUUCUAAAAAUCUGGUAGUUGUUUUUCUCUUUGACAUCUGAUGGGAGGGUGUUCCACAGGGCUGGCGCCACCACCGAGAAGGCCCUCUGCCUGGUUCCCUGUAACCUCACUUCUCCUAGGGAGGGAACAGCCAGAAGGCCCUUGGAGCUGGACCUCAGCAUCCAGGCAGAACGAUGGGAGUGGAGACGCUCCUUCAGGUCUACUGGCCUUUGAGACCGUUUAGGGCUUUAAAGGUCACCACCAACAUUUUGAAUUGUGCUCGGAAAAGUAAUCCCAAACAGUGGCUGGCCUUGGGUGGAGGUGUGGUUGGGCCAGGCAUAGGAAUAUGCCUCCCCACCCCGGUUAAAGGGAUCUCAGAAAGCUGGUGGUGAAGUUUUCUUUGUCCCUGGAGAAUUUGCUGCCAGUCAGAGCGGCACAGAGUCCCAGGAGAGAGAGGCAAACCUUCUGAUCUGACACAAGUCAGCUUUUGUAUUUCUCCCGAGCGAAAGGAUGGCUGAGAUGGCGUCUCCAUCUGUUGAGGCUGAAAUAUCAGCACGAAUCGGCAGCUGUUGCAGUAGCAGGAGAUGAGGACAAGCGCUGCCGGUUGAUUUGAAUCUCUUUGGGUUUGUGGUCUAGAGAAGGGAACCAGGUUUGAGAUUGUGACGCUGGUGGGGGCUUAGCAGAGAAGGAAGUGAAUAGGCCUGCCAGACUUUGCCAACGUGGGGCCCAAAACAACUGCAGGUUGGCGGAGGAUGCAGACCUGGGCAGCGCCUCUGAGCUUGUUAAGAGUGCAGGGCUUCGUACGAGCUCCCGAAUGAGGUGGUGCGGCCACCAAAAAGGGCUGGUACAAUUCCAGACUGCACCAACGAAGGUCUAACAUCCAGGUCAAAGGAAAUAAUAGCCCUACUCUAUUCUGCCUGGGUCAGUAUCCUCCUGGAAUCCUGUGUCCAGUUCUGGCCAUGCCAGUUUAAGAAGGAGAUUGAAAAACUGGAAGGAAGGUGUGCAGAGAAGGGCAACCAAGGUAAUAAUAAUUCAUUAUUUAUACCCCGCCCAUCUGGCUGAGUUUCCCCAGCCACUCUGGGCGGCUCCCAAUCGAGUGUUAAAAACAAUACAGCAUUAAAUAUUAAAAACUUCCCUAAACUGGGCUGCCUUCAGAUGUCUUUUAAAGAUGAGAUAGCUGCUUAUUUCCUUCACAUCUGGUGUUCCACAGGGCGGGUGCCACUACCGAGAAGGCCCUCUGCCUGGUUCCCUGUAACUUGGCUUCUCGCAGGGAGGAAACCGCCAGAAGGCCCUUGGAGCUGGACCUCAGUGUCCGGGCAGAACGAUGGGGGUGGAGACACUCCUUUAAAUAUACUGGGCCGAGGCCGUUUAGGGCUUUCGAGGUCAGCACCAACCCUUUGAAUUGUGCUCGGAAAUGUACUGGGAGCCAAUGUAGGCCUUUCAAGACUGGUGUUAUGUGGUCCUGGCGGCCGCUCCCAGUCACCAAUCUAGCUGCCGCAUUCUGAAUUAAUUGCAGUUUCCGGGUCACCUUCAAAGGUAGCCCCACGUAGAGCGCAUUGCAGUAGUCCAAGCGGGAGAUAACUAGAUGAUCGAGAGUUGAGAGACCAAGCCUUGUGAGGAACGGUCGAAGGAGCUGGGGACAUUUAGCCUGGAGAGCAGAAGACUAAGAGGAGACAUGAUAGCCAUCUUCAAAUAUCUGAAAGGCUGUCACGGAAGAUGGAGCAAGCUUGUUUUCUGCUGCUCCAGAGUGCAAGAGACCAAACCAAUAGCUUCAAGUUACAAGAAAGAAGAUUCUAACUAAAUAUCAGGAAUAACUUUCUGUGGGUAAGAAGAAGAAGAAGAAGAAGAGUUUGGAUUUGAUAUCCCGCCUUUCACUCCCUUUAAGGAGUCUCAAAGCGGCUCACAUUCUCCUUUCCCUUCCUCCCCACAACAAACACUCUGUGAGGUGAGUGGGGCUGAGAGACUUCAAAGAAGUAUGACUGGCCCAAGGUCACCCAGCAGCUGCAUGUGGAGGAGCGGAGACGCGAACCCGGUUCCCCAGAUUACGAGACUACCGCUCUUAACCACUACACCACACUGGCUCUCGAGCUGUUGGAGGUUGUGGACUCUCCUUGCUUGGAGGUUUCUAAGCAGAGGUUUGAUGGCCAUCUGUCAUGGAUAAUUUAGCUGAGAUUCCUGCAUUGCAGCGGGUUGGACUGGAUGACCCCCAGGGUCUCAAACUGACAAUUACCGUAUUUUUCACUCUAUAAGACGCACCAGACCACAAGACGCACCUAGUUUUUGGAGGAGGAAAACAAGAAAAAACAUAUUCUGAAUCUCAGAAGCCAGAACAGCAAGAGGGAUCGCUGCGCAGUGAAAGUAGCAAUCCCUCUUGCUGUUCUGGCUUCUGGGAUAGCUGCGCAGCCUGAAUUCGCUCCAUUAAGACGCACACACAUUUUCCCUUACUUUUUAGGAGGGAAAAGUGAGUCUUAUAGAGCAAAAAAUACGGUGUGUUUAUACUGCCAUAAAAUUUAGGGAACAAGCUGUACUACCAAAAUGAUUAAGGUUUUAAAUGAUAAUUUUAGGUUAUAUUUUAGUGAUCAAGAUUUAAUAUAUAUAUAUUUUUAACUGCUGCUAUAUCUGAAUCGUCUCUGUUGUACCCAACUGCAAUUCAAUUAUGAUUUUCCUGAUAUUGUAAGUUACCCGGAACUGGUCUGUGACCGUAAUAAUAAAAUUCAUUCAUUCACACACCACCCAGAAUAACACAGAGUUAACCAUGAUAUUCUUGUAAAGAAGCUGGUAAAAUGCGGUCUUGACUAUGCUACCACUCAGUGGAUUUGUAACUGGCUGACUGACCGAACCCAAAGGGUGCUCAUCAAUGGUUCCUCUUCAUCCUGGAGAAGAGUGACUAGUGGGGUGCCACAGGGUUCUGUCUUGGGCCCGGUCUUAUUCAACAUCUUUAUCAACGACUUGGAUGAUGGUCUCAAGGGCAUCCUGAUCAAAUUUGCAGAUGACACCAAACUGGGAGGGUGGCUAACACCCCAGAGGACAGGAUCACACUUCAAAACGACCUUGACAGAUUAGAGAACUGGGCCAAAACAAACAAGAUGAAUUUUAACAGGGAGAAAUGUAAAGUAUUGCACUUGGGCAAAAAAAUGAGAGGCACAAAUACAAGAUGGGGACACCUGGCUUGAGAGCAGUACAUGUGAAAAGGAUCUAGGAGUCUUGGUUGACCACAAACUUGACAUGAGCCAACAGUGUGACGCGGCAGCUAAAAAGCCAAUGCAAUUCUGGGCUGCAUCAAUAGGAGUAUAGCAUCUAGAUCAAGGGAAGUAAUAGUGCCACUGUAUUCUGCUCUGGUCAGACCUCACCUGGAGUACUGUGUCCAGUUCUGGGCACCACAGUUCAAGAAGGACAUUGACAAACUGGAACGUGUCCAGAGGAGGGCAACCAAAAUGGUCAAAGGCCUGGAAACGAUGCCUUAUGAGGAACGGCUAAGAGAGCUGGGCAUGUUUAGCCUGGAGAAGAGGAGGUUAAGGGGUGAUAUGAUAGCCAUGUUCAAAUAUAUAAAAGGAUGUCACAUAGAGGAGGGAGAAAGGUUGUUUUCUGCUGCUCCAGAGAAGCGGACACGGAGCAAUGGAUCCAAACUACAAGAAAGAAGAUUCCACCUCAACAUUAGGAAGAACUUCCUGACAGUAAGAGCUGUUUGACAGUGGAAUUUGCUGCCAAGGAGUGUGGUGGAGUCUCCUUCUUGGGAGGUCUUUAAGCAGAGGCUUGACAACCAUAUGUCAGGAGUGCUCUGAUGGUGUUUCCUGCUUGGCAGGGGGUUGGACUCGAUGGCCCUUGUGGUCUCUUCCAACUCUAGGAUUCUAUGAACCAGGGCUAAAGAACCCCUGACCGAUGGCCAGGGAAAAAGUGAGUCUUAUAGAGCAAAAAAUACGGUAUAUGAUUCUUUGACUUGCUGCAACAGACUAGCACGGCUGCUGCUCUUGAACUUUUCUUCUUGUCUCCUCUUGUCCCGCAAAUCCCAGCUGGGUUUGCUUUUUGUCCCAGUUCGGCGUUUUGGUGCUCUGCACAUGCUCAGCAGCACUCUGCCCUUUGCAUUUCCUUGAGGCAGGCAGGCACCGAGAAACAGCCCGGCCGUGCCAGAUUCCUGCUUGCUCUCCGUGGGAGAAAAGGAGGCCCCGGCAACCUGGACACUCCUCAAGCCCAGGCUUGCGCCAAACCCUAGACGUGGUUAUUUACUCAGACCUCGAGAUUAGCUGGGCAGGCGCUUGGCAGACGUGCCCAAACCAAACAUGCCCAGGUGAUGAAAAUCCCUGACUUAGGGGCUGGGAGAGAGGCUGGGGAGUGUGGCUUGGAGCAAGCACUCUGCCUGCCUGGGGAAGGCGGCCAGGGUUAAUCAAUACCACUUAAACCCAUUUGCCUAUUUCCAAAACCUGGCUGCCUCUUCCCUUUUGAGGCACGGGAAGAAAGUGUGUGUCAGUCAAAGGACUGCUGUCUACUGUCACAAGCCUGCCUUUGUCUGCCCGUCAAAGGUUUGUCCUCACUAACUCAAAACUUCCUGGUUCCUAACUGGUUGUUGCAAGGCUGAUUUAAGAGAAGUCAUGUCCUUCCGAUUGCUGCACCUCGUUUUGAAAGUGAGCCGGGGGGGGGUCUUUUAAGAGUCGUUUGCUAGGCAGAAACCCAACAGAGCCCAGUUCAUUCUGUACCUUUUGAACUUCUGUCUGUUGAGCAGCUUCUAUAGGAACAGGAACAGGAAUAGGAAUAGGAAUUUAUUAUUUGUACCCCGCCCAUCUGGCUGGGUUUCCCCAGCCACUCUGGGCGGCUUCCAUAGAAACCAAAAAUACACUAAAAUAUCACACAUUAAAAACUUCCCUGAACAGGGCUGCCUUCAGAUAUCUUCUAAAUGUCAGGUAGUUGUUUAUCUCUUUGACAUCUGAUGGGAGGGCGUUCCACAGGGGGGGCGGGGCGCCACCACCGAGAAGGCCCUCUGCCUGGUUUCCUGUACCUUUGCUUCUCACAGCAAGGGAACCACCAGAAGGCCCUCGGCACUGGACCUCAGCGUCCGGGCAGAACGAUGGGGGUGGAGACGCUCCUAUAGGAACAGGGACCCUGCAAGGAUUUCAAAAACGUGUCUGCAUUUAGCGGAUGCGUGAAUCGUAGGGUUGGAAGGGACCCUGACAUCAUCUAGAUGCUGCAACGAAGGAAUAUGCAGCUGUCGCAGAUUGAACCUGCAACCCUGGCAUCACCAGCACCGAGCUCUAACCAACUGAGCUAUCCAGCGACGAUGGUGCUUCUGUUUUCUGAACAAGCAAGGGCUUCAUAGAAUCAUAGAGUUUUUGAGUUGGAAGGGAUCCCCAGGGUCCAACCCUGUAAUGUAGGAAUCUAAGCUAAAUAGCAUUUUUUUGGGGGGUGGGAUCUUCUAAAUUCUGGAGUCCUGACAAUGUCAAGUCACUGUGCUACCAGAACAGGGACACUUCCAACUACCUCAGAAGAUGGUGGAAUCUCCUACCUUGGAGGUUUUUAAACACGAGGUUGGACGGCUAUCUGCCAGGGAUUACCGUUUUUUUCGCUCCAUAAGAUGCACUUUUUUCUUCCUAAAAAGAAAGGGGAGAUGUCUGUGCGUCUUAUGGAGUGAAUGUAUGGUCCCUGGAGCCGAAUUGCCCGGGGCAAAAAGCAGAUCAUGCUUUUUUUUUUUGAAAGAGGUAAGUGGGUGUUGAAACAAAGCCGCUGAUCGUUUGCCGGGAGAGAGAUAAGGGACGCUAGAGAUAAAGGAGGCUGCCUGGGAGGGGGGAGGUAAAGACAGCAAACUUGCAAAGGGGGGAAACAGGAAGACUAAAGCAAUAAGGAGAGAAAUUAGAAGAAAAGGAGGAGCAAAAAACUGCCCCAGCUAAGGAAAAGACACUAAGGCAAACAAGAGGGAAGGGAGUGUUGAAAAGAAACAGCUGAUCGGUGGGAUCAGGAGGGAGAUAAGGGACGCUAGCGAUAAAGGAGGCUGCCUGGGAGGGGGGAGGUAAAAGCCCAUGGAUCCUCAGGAUUUUUGCAUUGGGUCACCCCAAAUUCACCAUCAGAUCACAUAGCAUAUCCAUGGCUACAGCCUACACCAAAAAAACCACGCACCCACUGUUUCGUGGGGCCGCAAUGGCGCAAAAACAUGGUUACAAAGCACGGAUGCACAUGGAUCCUCAGGAUUUUUGCAUUGGGCUACCCCAAACUCACGUCAAAUCACGUCUGUGGCCACAGCAUGAACCACAAAAAUCAUACAUUCACUGUUUCAUUCAGAAUACGUUUUUUCUUGUUUUCCUCCUCUAAAAACUAGGUGCGCCUUAUAGUCAGGUGCGUCUUAUGGAGUGAAAAAAACCACGGUAUUUAGUUUUGAUUCCUGGAUUGAAGGGGGUUGGAAUAGAUGGCCUCUGAGGAUCCCUUUCAGUUCUAAGAUUCUAUGACUUCCUUUCGCUUGCCACGGUGGGGAGGGCUAAAGCCGCUUUGGGCAAGAAUUCCCACCAACUCCAGAGCCUGGUGGAAAGUUUUGGGUUCCUGUAAACCAAGUGUGCGCACACGACAGCUGGUUUGUGGCCGAGUCAGAGGCAGAGAGUGCGUUUCUGGGAUAUAAAUAGGCCAGUGGCGGGAUAAUCAAAUUGGGGGUCUGAGCACAGGCUGUUACUGGGGGUCAUGGGGGGGGGGAGUAGCAGAGCAUUGACGGAACGGGGUGAGGGUAAGAGAGAACCCAGGAAGCAGUCAAGCCAUCCUUCUUUGUGACACACAUGCCAUGCAGUCUGUGUGUCACCUCCUGCCUCUCUCAGAGCAUGCAAUUUCCAGAGGGGUAGCUGUAUCCGUCUGUCGAAGCAAAAAACAGCAGAGAGUCUUGGGGCACCUUGAAGACUCACCAGAACAUCAGGAGUCCCUCUUUUAAAGCCAUCCAAGUUGGGGGCUGUCCCUGCCUCAUGUGGGAGGGAGUUCCACAGUUCGUUUAAUGAGCUGCGUGAAAGAUACCUGCAUGGCAGGGGGUUGGACUAGAUGACCACUGGGGGUCCUCCUCCAAUGACAGUUGGCCAUCGGUCAGGGGUUCUUUAGCCCUGGUUAACUCUGUGUUAUCCUGGGUGGUGUGUGAAUGAAUGAAUUUUAUUAUUACGGUCACAGACCAGUUCCGGGUAACUUACAAUAUCAGGAAAAUCAUAAUUGAAUUGCAGUUGGGUACAACAGAGACGAUUCAGAUAUAGCGGCAGUUUAAAAAAUAUAUAUAUUAAAUCUUGAUCACUAAAAUAUAACCUAAAAUUAUCAUUUAAAACCUUAAUCAUUUUGGUAGUACAGCUUGUUCCCUAAAUUUUAUGGCAGUAUAAACAUACCGUAUUUUUUGCUCUAUAAGACUCACUUUUCCCGCCUAAAAAGUAAGGGGAAAUGUGUGUGCGUCUUAAUGGAGCGAAUGCAGGCUGCGCGGCUAUCCCAGAAGCCAGAACAGCAAGAGGGAUUGCUGCUUUCGCUGCACAGCGAUCCCUCUUGCAGUUCUGGCUUCUGAGAUUCAGAAUAUGUUUUUUCUUGUUUUCCUCCUCCAAAAACUAGGUGCGUCUUGUGGUCUGGUGCGUCUUAUAGAGCGAAAAAUACGGUAACUGGGUGGUGUGUUCAUGGUGGUAACCCUGAACUGUGGUGAUCGAAGCUUCCUGUUUUCUGGCGUUUGUUCUAUCGCAUCUAAACAUUUCCCAGAUUCUGGAAGUGGGGAGAGAGAACCGAUGCCCUGGGGCCAUGGAUUUAAAAACACUGCCGGGGCACUUUCUGCUUUUCCGCACUGAGAUGGUGCAGCGAUCUUCUUUUCCGCCAUUUAAAGAGCUGGGGUUUUGGGGAGGUGGUCUGGGAGCUGCUUUCAGGUUCCUCCGAGCUUCAGUCCCCAAGUGCAGUGGUUGGGGGAAUUCCACUCCUGCUGGUAUUGGAUCACUGCAUUAACAUGUAGGGAUCAGGCAGAGCAAAUCCACAUCCACGGUCUUUGAGGGAGGACGGGGUAUUUGGGGAGAGGGCGGCACUGUUCUGGCCGCGAACUGAAGCCCUCUCAACGUGCCCAUAGUUCGCUUAAUGCGCUGCGUGAAACAUACUUGCGUUGAAAGGGGGUUGGACUAGAUGACCCAUGGGGUCCCUUCCAACUCCACGAUUCCACAGUUCUAAGAAGGAGAUUCUUUUACCGGCCCUGAAUCUUCCAACAGUCUAUUUCGUUGGGAGUUCUAUUUUACAAAAGUCUAUCAGAAUUCCCUUCACAGUGUUCACUCUGCUUAAUCAGGUGUGUGUGGGUGUGUGGGGGUGUGUGUGUGUGUGUGUGUCAUAUAAUUUUAGAAUUAGAAGGGACCCCAAGGGGCAUCUAUAUGUCUGUACACAGAACCGCCCCGUUUGUCCCUCCUUUCACACCCACACAGAUAUAGAGGUGGCAACCAAGGAGAACUUUUCAUGCAUGCGAUGAAAACGAUGCCAUCUCCUAUCAUUCAUCUGUCUCUAAGGUGCCACAGGUUCUUUGCGGAUCAUGCCUGGGUGUGGCGGCACAGAGGGCAGGGGGCUGAGCGACCUCCGUUUCUAGCCCUGGAGAGGCAGUUUUUUUAGUCUCUAUAACCACCAGGUUAGGACCUGGUUGGGAAGGGGCUGCAAGACCUAUUGCAUGGGUAGGCAAACUAAGGUUCGGGGGCCGGAUGCGGCCCAAUCGCCUUCUCAAUCCGGCCCGCGGACAGUCCGGGAAUCAGCAUGUUUUUACAUGAGUAGAAUGUCCUUUUAUUUAAAAUGCAUCUCUGGGUUAUUUGUGGGCACAGGAAUUCGUUCAUUUCCCCCCCCCAAAUCUAGUCUGUCCCCCCCCCCCCAAGAUCUGAGGGACAGUGGGCCGACCCCCUGCUGAAAACGUUUGCUGACCCCUGGCCUAUCUUUUCAGCCCCAUCUCCCCCAAUCUGGCACCGUCCAGUUCCCAUGAGCCAAGCUACAACUCCUGCAGCCUAGCGGGUGUCAAACGUCUUGCCUUGCCAAGAGGGGGGGGUCUUGUCAUCUGGGCAGCCCAGGACCUCCAAUCACUCCCCAGGCUUGCGCAACUCAACGGUCUGACUUCACCCCCGGAGGCGCACUCCAUUGUCUCUCGAGACAGGCGGAUACCAACAGCAUCAAAAAAUUUCAAGGUGACUACCUUGUUACCAAUGACAAACCUAGACAGCAUCUUAAAAAGCAGAGACAUUACCUUGCCGACAAAGGUCCGUAUAGUUCAAGCUGUGGUUUUCCCAGUAGUGAUGUAUGGAAGUGAGAGCUGGACCAUAAAGAAAGCUGAUCGCCGAAGAAUGGAUGCUUUUGAAUUCUGGUGCUGGAGGAGACUCUGGAGAGUCCCAUGGACUGCAAGAAGACCAAACCUCUCCAUUCUGAAGGAAAUCAGCCCUGAGUGCUCACUGGAAGGACAGAUCCUGAAGCUGAGGCUCCAAGACUUUGGCCACCUCAGGAGAAGAGAAGACUCCCUGGAAAAGACUCUGAUGCUGGGAAAGAUGGAGGGCACAAGGAGAAGGGGACGACAGAGGACGAGAUGGUGGGACAGUGUUCUCGAAGCUACCAGCAUGAGUUUGACCAAACUGCGGGAGGCAGUGGAAGACAGGAGUGCCUGGCGUGCUCUGGUCCAGGGGGUCACGAAGAGGCGGACAUGACUAAACGACUAAACAACAACACCUUGUUACAGGGGUGAAAAUGUAUGCAAAGUUCUGAAGUGUCUGGAUCUGAUUCUAUUUUUUUCUUAAUUCCUCCCCCCCCCUUUCCUGACAAAGGAGCAGUCUUGUUACACCCCUUCAUGGCUAUAGUACAGGUUUGGGGUUGUGAUUUAUUAGCUAGUAGGGGCUGUGUUUCUUGCGGCGUUUUUUUCUUCAAGUGAGCCAAGAGUCACUGAGUGCGGGAUCUUUAGGCCAGGGCUGAACAUUUUUGUGACCAGGCAGCUAGCAACUUUCUUUCUUUCCUUCCUUCCUUCCAGGGAGGCAGGGAGCAUACUGCAGCCGACUCAUCAGUCUGGAAGCAGGUGGGCAGCGAGGUCCAGACUGGCUUAAUUAUAUUUGGGCCGGUAAUGGGGAGAGAAGCCAAUGUCCUUGGGGAGAGGGAGGGGCACAGCUCCCGUUCCCUGGUUUCAUGUCCUCCCCCUAGCCCCACAGAGCUUUCUGCAACACCCCCCCAGCCUUCCUCAUGUUUCUUCUUCUUCUUCUUCUUCUUCUUCGGGGAUCCCUCGUAGCCGAGUAUGAUUGUCUUCCCUAACAUGGUUUUAACAAUGAGUCCGUAAGUGACACUGGAGGCCAGUUCUGAAUCCACACAUCCUUCCACAGUGGGGACAUUGGUUUCCAGGCGGGAGUUGAUCACGGUGUGGAUUUGCCCAGCCUGCCUUCCUCUUAGCAUUUUUCUCCCUUGUGUCCUGAGUUCGAGUGUCUUCAAAGCCCAGGACACCUUUGGUAAAGGCUGUUCUCCAACUGGAGCGCUCACAGGCCAAUGUUUCCCAGUUGUCAGUGUUUAUACAGUGGUACCUCGGGUUACAUACACUUCAGGUUACAGACUCCGCUAACCCAGAAACAAUACCUUGGGUUAAGAACUUUGCUUCAGAAUGAGAACAAGUCCUAGGCUCUGUGGUUUAACCCACAGCGCCACCCGUGUCCCUUUAAAGCCACUUACUAUCACAGAAAUAAGGAGGGCCCUAAGAAUAUGCACCUCAGGUGCCAAAAGCCGGAAUAAAGAGCGUAUCGGGUGGAAUCAUUACAUUAUUUUCAAAGCAGCAGCAGUAAGUGGAUGAUCGUAAUUGGGUCUUCAUUGCAAAGCACUUUGGGCUCAGAUCACCGUGCAGAGGCGGCGGGUAAGUGAACAAAAUCAAACCCAGCACGUAACUUGUGAAUUCUGGUACAAAACUGAACGCUCUGAGAAACUCAAGAAGAGUUUGUUUAAAAAACAACAAACCAACCCCAAAACCCACCCAGGUUUGUGGCACUCAAUUAGGGCUGGGAAGAAGGCAGAACAACAAUGGAUGUCCCAACUUUUCCCUGGGCAUCUUUGGACCACGUUGACUCAUCCUGCCCGGUUACUCAGUAAUGAUGUUCUUCUUCCUUUCACUUGGGCUGCUGCGCAUGAGCGCAUGGAAUGAGCGCAUGCCCCUCCUGGCACCACCAGGCCAAUUAUUAACACCGUCCGCGCACGCCGGCUGGCGUGAUAUGUGCUCCUUGUUUUCUGCUUCAUUUUGCUUUCCUGACUCUCCCACAUCGCGGGCAUAAGGAGCAUUGGUUUGGGGGUUGAGGAGGAGUCAGGCUCACAAGGACCGAGGAGGAGCCCCUGUUCCUGGAUCCGUCCGAAGGGGGCUCAGCGAGUCCAGUGUCCUGCUCUCACAGCGGCCUCAGGCAGGACCUCUCACCCCUCCUGCGGUUUCCAGGGGCUUUGGGAAGGCUGUUAAAGAUGCAAAGCGCAAGUUUAUAAAUCCGGUGGCCAUGCAAAGUGCUUGAUUUCCAUAGAUACCGAUGCUCCCACAGAGAAGCAGCCCAGACGGCUCCAGGGGCCUAUGGAGCCUCACUCUGACUCCUCCCUAAGAAAUGCACCUAGUAUCUCUCUCUCUCGUACCCUGCUCCUCCGUUCUGGGUUUGCGGAGCCGGGCUGGCUGCCCUCCUAGAGCCCCCUGCACAUGCCAUUCACCUCAUCAGAAAUAGGUUAUGGAGUCAAGGCCUGCUUUGUACAGACCAUGCCUGAACUUUGGUGUCUCCCGAGGGAAGUUUUAGGAAGAUAAGGAAGCUGCCUCAUGCAGAAUCAGGCCAUUAUUGUUGUUAAAGGUAAAGGGACCCCUGACCAUUAGGUCCAGUCGCGGACGACUCUGGGGUUGCGGCGCUCAUCUCGCUUUAUUGGCCGAGGGAGCCAGCGUACAGCUUCUGGGUCAUGUGGCCAGCAUGACUAAGCCGCUUCUGGCAAACCAGAGCAGCGCACGGAAACGCCGUUUACCUUCCCGCCGGAGCGGUACCUAUUUAUCUACUUGCACUUUGACGUGCUUUUGAACUGCUAGGUUGGCAGGAGCUGGGACCGAACAACGGGAGCUCACCCCGUCGUGGGGAUUCAAACCUUCUGAUCAGCAAGUCCUAGGCUCUGUGGUUUAACCCACAGCACCACCCGCAUCCCUGUUGUUGUUGUUGUUGUUACUAUUAUUUAUUGAUUUAUUGAUUUAUUUUCUAUGCUGCCCUAUACCCAAAGGUCUCAGGGCAGUUCACAUCAAAUAUCAAAUAUAUAAAAUCAAAAGAAAACCAACAACCCAAUUAAAAAACCCCCAAAAGAGCUAGCAUUUUUAAAAAGGGUAUAGCAGGGGUAGGCACUCUGAGGCCCGUGGACUGGAUGCAGCCCAAUCGCCUUCUAAAUCCGGCCUGUGGACGGUCCGGGAAUCAACAUGGUUUUACAUGAGUAGAAUGUGUCCUUUUAUUUAAAAUGCAUCUCUGGGUUAUUUGUGAGGCAUAGGAAUUCGUUUAUAUAUAUUUUUCAAAAUAUAGUCCGGCCCACCACAUGGUCUGAGGGUCGGUAGACUGGCCCACGGCUGAAAAAGCUUGCUGACCCCUGGGGUAUAGGAUGUAGAUCAAGACAGACAAAGGCCUGGAUUUUGUAGGGCAGGCUCUACCCGGAUGAGGCAGCGAAGGCCCCGUGUCUGGUAAGCGAGCUAUCAGGAGGAAAUGCAAAUGCAGACCCCGAAGGUUUCCAUGGGGUGUGUGUAGCUGGGAAGGGGAGGGGGUGAAGUUCGAAGGCUGACGCAAGAGCUCAGCCACCAUCUCCUUCCUUGAAAUGCUCCCCUCUAGUGAGUCAACUGAAAGACCAGUCCAUGGCUAGGCAAACUAAGGCCUGGGGGCCGGAUCCGGCUCAAUCGCCUUCUAAAUCUGGCCCACGGACAGUCCAGGAAUCAGCAUGUUUUUACAUGAGUAGAAUGUGUCCUUUGAUUUCAAAUGCAUCUCUGGGUUCUUUGUGGGGCAUAGGAAUUUGUUCUUAGCCAGUAGUGGUUAAGAGCGGUAGACUCGUAAUCUGGUGAACCGGGUUCGCUUCCCCGCUCCUCCACAUGCAGCUGCUGGGUGACCUUGGGCUAGUCACACUUCUCUGAAGUCUCUCAGCCUCACUCACCUCUCAGAGUGUUUGUUGUGGGGGAGGAAGGGAAAGGAGAAUGUUAGCCGCUUUGAGACUGUUGUUGUUUAGUCGUUUAGUCGUGUCCGACUUUUCAUGACCCCAUGGAGCAGAGCACACCAGGCACUCCUGUCUUCCACUGCCUCCUGCAGUUUGGCCAAAAUCAUGCUGGUAGCUUCAAGAACACUGUCCCACCAUCUCGUCCUCUGUUGUCCCUUUCUCCUUGUGCCCUCCAUCUUUCCCAACAUCAGGGUCUUUUCCAGGGAGUCUUCUCUGCUCAUGAGGUGGCCAAAGUAUUGGAGCCUCAGCUUCAGGAUCUGUCCUUCCAGUGAGCACUCAGGGCUAAUUUCCUUCAGAAUGGAGAGGUUUGAUCUUCUUGCAGUCCAUGGGACUCUCAAGAGUCUCCUCCAGCACCAGAAUUCAAAAGCAUCCAUUCUUCGGCGAUCAGCCUUCUUGAUGGUCCAGCUCUCACUCCUUAGAGUAGUGAUAAAGCGGGAUAUCAAAUCCAAACUCUACUUUUCCUUCUUUAUCGUCAUCAUCUUCUAAAUAUAGUCCAGCCUCCCACGAGGGACAGUGGACUGGCCCCCUGCUGAAAAAGUUUGCUGACCCCUGGUCCAGUCGUUCUUCCGAGACUUGCUUUUAAGCCCCUGUUACUAAACAAAACUUUUAAAUUGGAGAGGUUGUUACAUUUAUAAAGGCUGUUUUAAGGCUAACAGAGGAGAAUAGGACCCCCGUCUCCAGCACCUUCGCAUAACAGAAAGUUAAAUUUGUCAAUGAGAGUUUGCCAGAUACGGCUUUGGACGUUGCUUCAAAGCUGGAAGAAAGCUCCAACCCUGGAUUUUUAAAUAUUUUAUGCACCACACUUUAAGGAGGAUAUUGUUGAGCCACCAAUAGCCCUGUCCUCCUCUGUGGAUUUGCCCAGCCCUCUCUGAAAGCCAAGCAAGUUGGUGGCAGCCGCUUGUGGGAGGGAGUUCCGCAGGUUAACUCUGCACUGUCAAACGCUAAAAAGAGAGGCCUGCUGCCCUUAUGCCCUGCUUGUAGUAGGAAAAACCUAAAAUAGAACAAAGCCUUAACGGGAUGCCGGCUACAAACCUUGUUUCACUGAACUAUUCAGUUUCCUCAGAAGGAAAUAGAAAAAUCAUAAACUUUAAAUGACCAAAAUUCAAACAAGGGUAGAACCCCAAAAAUUCUGAUGUAUUAUAAUCCUAGCUCAACCUAGGUAAAGCAAAGCGCAGUAAUAAAGGAUUGAAGACUCAAACGUACAGUUUCUAAUACUGAAUUUACAAAAAAGGUUUGAAAACCUAAAUAGCAAGUUUUAAAGAAAGCCAGACUUGAAGAAGGGAAAGCACAAUACUAGGGGGUUGAAGACUCAACUGUGAAAAUUCUAGUGCUGCUUUUACAAAAAGGUUUAAAAACCCAAAUGGCACAAAUUCAAAGAAAGAAAUACAAGAUAAAGCUGUUUUAGGUUUUUGAACAAACUCAAGAGGAACAGGGCUGAAACUCUCCCGUGGUCUAGAUGUUACUGCUGAUGUUAAAGACUGAUCGGGGCCUGAUCCAGCUUGGCUCUUAGGAUGUUCUGAAACUCACUGACCUGGAUCCUACGCUGCCUCCCCCAAGUCUGGCGAACCGCUUCACCCUGUGUGUUUUACUCCUACAUUUAUUCUCCUAUAUUUAUUGCAAAAUCACGUCUCAUUAUUCGGAGUUGUGAUGCGUGCUCCCCAUCUCACACCUCCGCAUGUUUCAGAAAAACGAGGGCAACCAGUGCUCCGAACAGCCGCCACCAACCUGAGCCCUCCUCCAGCUGUUUUGGACUACAAUUCCCAUCAGCCUGACAGCACGGCUGGCCUUAAAUAACGGCAGAGCCACAAAAACGGUGUUCUGUCCUCCUGAACUCCUGCCACAGGGCGUGCCAGACUUUAAUUUCUGCAAAUCUCUUUGCAGGGUCUCAAAGACAGGCUUUGGGGUGCGAGGAAACCAAAUCUGCUGUUAUUUCUGUGACUGGACAACAUUUAGCUUGGCAAGUCUGCGUCUGAUGAAGAAGCAUAUGGACUGCAUUCGGGAAACCAAAGAAUUUUAAUUUUAGCUUCUGAAAAAUGCCAGUUAUGCUAAAUAAUGAUGAUGAUGAUAUAACUGCAGCUGUUUGGCAAUCACAACUUACAUGCAAUUCUACACACAUUUUACCUACCAAGCAAAACUAAAUUAUAUCAGUUUAGCCAAAAUAUAUUUUGAAUUCCCAAACCACGUUACAACUUUUUACCACCCUUCAUUUUGGGAAUGUGAAAAUUGAACAAUUCAACACACCCCAUAGGUUCCACUCUUAGGGUGAACUUAGGAUGCAGACGUCCGCGUGAUCGCCUGCUUUUGUGUUUUUCCAAAGAGGGACGCGGUGGCUGCUUCAAUAGCCUUUUGUUGCAACCUGAGAUCUAUGUUACGCCCAGCACUGUGUGGCCUCAUUAAAUCUCCGUUCCAUCAUAAAAAGUGCAGGCCAAAGAGAUUUUUUUGCAAUGAACAUGAGCUACACCUUCUCCUCUCUCCUCUCGCAGUGUUUAUUUUUCCUUAACACCCAGCCUGAAGAAGAGUUCUGGUGGGCUGAAGAAAGUUCUCCACCGUGGCCAUUUCAGUCGCUCCUGAUACUACCCUACUGCCGUAAUUCUAGGAAUCAAAUGUUCACAAUCAGUCCCCUACUUUUCCAAUAGUUGCCGGUGUGGCCGCGAUGCAGCCAUAAUCUUCUCUUCAUCACGUCAACAGGUGGCAGAGAACCGGAGAGAGCCAGCUUGCUGCAUCACCUCUUGCCAACCUGAUGGGAGUUGUAGUCCGAAACAGCCAGAGGGCGCCCGGUUGCCCUUUGUUGUUGUUUAGUCAUUUCAUCGUGUCCGCCUCUUCGUGACCCCCUGGACCAGAGCAUGCCAGGCCCUCCUGUCUUCCACUGCCUCCUGCAGUUUGGUCAAACUCAUGCUAGUAGCUUCGAGAACACUGUCCCACCAUCUCGUCCUCUGUCGUCCCCUUCUCCUUGUGCCCUCCAUCUUUCCCAUCAUCAGGGUCUUUUCCAGGGAGUCUUCUCUGCUCCUGAGGUGGCCAAAGUCUUGGAGCCUCAGCUUCAGGAUCUGUCCUUCCAGUGAGCACUCAGGGCUGAUUUCCUUCAGAAUGGAGAGGUUUGAUCUUCUUGCAGUCCAUGGGCCUCUCAAGAGUCUCCUCCAGCACCAGAAUUCAAAAGCAUCUAUUCUUUGGCGAUCAGCCUUCUUUAUGGUCCAGCUCUCACUUCCAUACAUCACGACUGGGAAAACCAUAGCUUUUGCUAUACGGACCUUUGUCGGCAAGGUGAUGUCUCUACUUCUUAUGAUGUUGUCUAGGUUUGUCAUUGCUUUCCUCCCAAGAAGCAGGCGUCUUUUAAUUUUGUGACUGCUGUCACCAUCUGCAGGGAUCAUGGAGCCCAAGAAUGUAAAAUCUCUCACUGCCUCCAUUUCUUCCCCUUCUAUUUGCCAGGAGGUGAUGGGCCCAGUGGCCAUGAUCUUCAUUUUUUUUUUUAUGUUGAGCUUCAGACCAUAAUUUGCACUCUCCUCUUUCACCCUCAUUAAAAGGUUCUUUAAUUCCUCCUCACUUUCUGCCAUCAAGGUUGUGUCAGCUGCAUAACUGAGGUUGUUGAUAUUUCUUCCGGCAAUCUUAAUUCCGGUUGGUCUAGGCUGGCUUAGAACUUCUCUUCCUUUCUCUCCCCAAGCCAAGAACUUAUUUCUCCCAUGAAUUAAUUCUCUCCCGGCAGCCUGUCUUGCAGGGUGCCAAGGGGAAGACCAAGACGAAUAAAUGAGUUUCAGAACUGUUUAUGCUUUCCGUUUAGACACAGCCCAUGAAUGGUGCUAAAACUCUGGUAAACCGCAGCAAGGAAAGGCACAGCCUCCCCUAUCGAGAGCGCCCGAGAUUUGCACAUUUGCUUCAGUUGUUUUUCUGAUACCUUUCCACGUCCCACAUUUCUUUUCCGGAUUUUCCAGGCCCAAUCUUCUGCCACGGUGUCCUCGAAGCAGGUUAGUUAAUUGGACCGCGCUGAAGUGAACUGGCAUAUCUGAGACAGCUGCGGGGGUCUUGCAAGCAGGCUUGGCUGAGAGGGAGGCAGUUUGGAAGGCUAAAGCUGGGGCUAAACCUCCUCAUAUAUUCUGCACUGAACCUGGGUUUUUAAUUUGAGGAAGGUGGCAUGUGGCCGUAUCCUGUUUGGGACUGGAGGGAGCCCUGCUGUUCCAGCACCAGCCUGUGUCUCCUUUGUUCCCUGCCCUUUAGAGCUUGGCAGGAGCGUGCCAGGGAAUUGUGUUAGGGAGGAAGGGGGUCUCCAUGACCUUCAGCUGCAGGGAGAGGGAUUAAGACCUCAGAAAGGUCAGCAUUAAUUUUUCAGGAGCCCUUCUUAUUAAUUAAUUGGAGAACUAACACUUCUGCAGAGCUAAGCUGGGGAUAAAUGCCUUGGGGCGGGGGCUACGUCCCAGUCUGUUCCCCCACCCCAGUUUCCCAGAAACCAGUAUCCAGCCCUGCAAACGCAGCAUCUCGGGUCUUCUGCACUCUGCACGCGUCCCAAGCACUUGCAGGGAAAAGGCAGGGCGAGCCCUUGAAAACAGCCCAGAAUUUUACUGAAUACAUUAAAGAAGUACAGUGGUACCUCAGGUUACAUACGCUUCAGGUUACAGACUCCGCUAACCCAGAAAUAGUGCUUCAGGUUAAGAACUUUGCUUCAGGAUGAGAACAGAAAUCGUGCUGCGGCAGCAGCGGGAGGCCCCAUUAGCUAAAGUGGUGCUUCAGGUUAAGAACAGUUUCAGGUUAAGAACGGACCUCCAGAACAAAUUAAGUACUUAACCCGAGGUACCACUGUACAUUUGUCUCUUCCACAAGUUUGGCAUAAGUGACAUCUAAUUGGCUGAAUUUUUUUUCUUGACAUAAUAUAGAGGCUUUUAUUAUGGGUACUCUUUGGGGUCAGGUGCUGUGCCAAACCUCCUGCUCUCUUGCUUUUUACAAUGGCUCUCUUUCCACUUUUACCUGCCUGUUAUCUCAUCGCAAAUAUCCGGAUAACCUGCUUUAUCAUUUCUUCCGGCGAAUGUAACAUCCCAUGUCAGCCUUUGGCUUGGAUCGGUCUAGUUGUUUUAUACGUUUGUGUAUUUUGUUGCUUAGGUCAUAGGGAUAAAAUUCAACAGAAAUACAGUGGUACCUUGGGUUAAGAGUUAAUUCGUUCUGGAGGUCCGUACUUAACCUGAAACUGUUCUUAACCUGAAGCACCACUUUAGCUAAUGGGGCCUCCCGCUGCUGCCGCAGCACGAUUUCUGUUCUCAUCCUGAAGCAAAGUUCUUAACCUGAAGCACUAUUUCUGGGUUAGCGGAGUCUGUAACCUGAAGCGUAUGUAACCUGAAGCGUAUGUAACCCGAGGUACCACUGUACUUUCAGAAAAGGGAAAAGGAAACAGCCCAGAAGUUUCCACUGGUUCAGAAUAUAUCUGUGGGGUUUCAGAUGACGCACACAAAAAUGGUUGCCGUUUCACCAGUUGAGAACCUGGCUGCCCGACUCAAUCCCAAACAGCGUUGCUCUUUGAAGACCUAAACCACCUUGCAAGCAGUUCCUUGAGAACUGCCUCCCAUGAACCUGCCCAGUUCUGUUUUUGAGGGCCUCCUUGAGGGGGACGUUUUCCAGGUGUGGUGCUUGAUGUCGAAAACAGCAGCCCCAAAGUGGAGCAUGCCUGGCCUCAUGUUUAGACAUAAAAAACCGAAAGUAAACAAAGAAGAAGAAAAAUGACUUCCAUUUCUCCGUCUCUCCACUUCAAAAACUUGUGCAAAAUUCUUACUCCAUAGUAACAGCCAGCUCUUCUGCUUUGCAACCCUUUCCCCCCCCAGUCUUCAGACCCAGAUAUCACAAGUUGAUUUUCCUUUUUGCACAGAAAGCCCAUAAGGGGUUUCCAAUCGUUGAUAAACGUCAACAGUGAUUUUUCUCUAGUUUAGCACAUCAGUUGUGCGGUCCUAGCCAAAUCCAUUCAUUUCAAUAGCCGUUCUUCCAUAAUAGGUAAUAAGAAGUCCUUCCAUCUUUGUGCGUAUAACAGUCUCGCUGUUGUGAUCAUAUAUUGCAAUAAUCUUUCAUAAUCUUUCCCCCCGGACGUCUGGUUGGCAACUGUGAGAACAGAAUGCUGGACUAGAUUGGAAAUAUCAGUUUGAUCCAGCGGCUUGUCUUAUCUUAAUAAGGAUUUGAUUACUCCUACUUAGUCUUUAAGGGACACGGGUGGCGCUGUGGGUUAAACCACAGAGCCUAGGACUUUCCGAUCAGAAGGUCGGCGGUUCGAAUCCCCGCAACGGGGUGAGCUCCCGUUGCUCGGUCUCUGCUCCUGCCAACCUAGCAGUUCGAAAGCAUGUCAAAGUGCAAGUAGAUAAAUAGGUACCACUCCGGUGGGAAAGUAAACAGUGUUUCCGUGUGCUGCUCUGUUUCGCCAGAAGCGGCUUAGUCAUGGUGGCCACAUGACCCAGAAGCUGUACGCCGGCUCCCUCAGCCAAUAAAGCGAGAUGAGCGCCGCAACGCCAGAGUCGGCCACAACUGGACCUAAUGGUCAGGGGUCCCUAUACCUUUACCUUUACCUUACUUAGUCUUUGCUCUCACAUUUUAGAUGUCUGUGCAUUUUUUUGCAGGAGGCAAAAGAUGCGCCCCAGCUGGGUAGCUUCCGACACCCUCACAAACACACCCUAAAUGGUGCCUGUGGCCCAUCUACAGUGGUGCCUCGCAAGACGAAAUUAAUCCGUUCCGCGAGUCUCUUCGUCUUGCGGUUUUUUCGUCUUGCGAAGCAUGGCUAUUAGCGGCUUAGCGGCUAUUAACGGCUUAGCGGCUAUUAACGGCUUAGCGGCUUUAAGAAAAAGGAAACAAACUCGCAAGAACUCGCAAGACGUUUCGUCUUGCGAAGCAAGCCCAUAGGGAAAUUCGUCUUGCGUAGCGACUCAAAAAACGGAAAACCCUUUCGUCUAGCGAGUUUUUCGUCUUGCGAGGCAUUCGUCUUGCGGUGCACCACUGUACCUUUGUGAAAUUGCUGUGACAUACUUGGGUUUUAGGAGACGCGGGUGGCGCUGUGGGUAAAACCUCAGUGCCUAGGACUUGCUGAUCACAUGGUUGGCGGUUCGAAUCCCCGCGGCGGGGUGCGCUCCCGUCGUUCGGUCCCAGCGCCUGACAACCUAGCAGUUUGAAAGCAUCCCCGGGUGCAAGUAGAUAAAUAGGUACCGCUUACCAGCAGGAAGGUAAUCGGCGUUUCCGUGUGCUGCGCUGGCUCGCCAGAUGCAGCUUGUCACGCUGGCCACGUGAUCCGGAAGUGUCUGCGGACAGCGCUGGCUCCCGGCCUAUAGAGUGAGAUGAGCGCACAACCCUAGAGUCUGGCAAAACUGGCCCGUACGGGCAGGGGUACCUUUACCUUUACCUUACUUGGGUUUUGGACACCCCCCUCUGUUUAGAGUCCGAAGUUUUAGGCUGCAUCUUUAGGAUGUGUUUCCUGCUCUCAUCUCUCUGAGUCAGACAGCAUGUCUCCCCAUCCACUUUUGAGAUUUCUAUUGACGAGACAGAGGUGUGGUGCUGCAGGCACAGCCUCUCUCUGCAGAUGGUCUCUCCUUCCCAGAACCGCUGAGCCAAAGGGGCGAGGUUUGGGGAGGGUUUGGCUGCUUGCCUGGGCGAAACAGUCAAGCGCUGCUUCGAUUCCUGGCAGCGGAUGAAGCUUUUGGCCACCGAUCUGGGUGGGGAAGGCAGAUGCGCCCUCAGAAGAGAAGAGAAUCACAGACCUGUUGAGUUGGAAGGGAACCCCAAGGGUCAUCUAGUCCAACCCCCUGCAACGAUGCAGGAAUCACAGCUAAAGAGGUGGCCAGCCCAGUUCUGUUGAAAAAUCUCUAAUAAUAAUAAUAAUAAUAAUAAUAAUAAUAAUAAUAAUAAUAAUUUAUUUUUACCCCAUCCUCCCCAGCCAGAGCUGGGCUCAGGGUGGAUAACACCAAUAAAAUCACAGUAAAAACAUAAUAGGGGGGGACCCAAUUUAAAAUACAAGUUAAAAUACAAUUUAAAAUGCAGCCUCAUUUUAAAAGUAGCUGAUAAAUCAAGACCAUAAGGGGAGGGAAACAUAAGGGUCAGACUGAGUCCAAACCAAAGGCCAGGCGGAACAGCUCCGUCUUGCAGGCCCUGCGGGAAGAUGUCAAGUCCUGAAGGGCCCUAGUCUCUUGACAGAGCGCUCCACCAAGUAGGGGCCAGUACUGAAAAGGCCCUGGCCCUAGUUGAGACCAAUCUAACCACCUUGCGACUUGGGACCUCCAAAAUGUUGUCAUUUGUGGACCUUAAGCUCCUCCGCAGGGCAUACCAGGAGAGGCGGUCCCGUAGGUACGAGGGUCCUAGACCGCAUAGGGCCUUAAAGGUCAAAACCAGCACCUUGAACCUGACCCUGUACUCCACCGGGAGCCAGUGCAGCUGGUAAAGCACUGGAUGAAUGUGAUCCCACGGCAAGGACCCCGUAAGGAGUCUCGCCACGGCAUUCUGCACCCGCUGGAGUUUCUGGGUCAGCUUCAAGGGCAGCACUGCAUAGAGCGAAUUACAAUAAUCAAGGCUGGAUGUGAUUGUCGUGUGGAUCACUGGGGCCAGGGCAGGGUGAGAAAUGGAGGAGAGCCCACUGCCUUCCAAGACAGCCCAUUCCACAGUCGAGCUGCUCUUAAUGUCGGAAAGUACUAUCUGUGAGUCAGCUGGUUCCAGCAAAACAAGGAAAAGAGACUUGGGACACCUUAAAAGACUUAGAAUCACAGAAUCACAGAGUUGGGAAGGACCCCAAGGAUUAUCUAGUCCAACCCCCUGCAAUGCAGGAAUAUGCAGCUGUCUCAUACGGGGAUCGAACCUGCAACCUUGGCGUUGUCAGCGCCAGGCUCUAGCCAACGAUCCUGAGAGGAGCCUUCUGUGGCUUAGGGAAAUUUAUGCCAUAGCAAACGUGUUAUAGCCUCGAAGACGUCACAAAACUCUCACGUGUUCCUGUAUUUAUUGCACCCUUUUCUCCAGGAAGCUCAUGGUUCCCUUCCCACACCGCGCGCUCCUUGUUAAAUAACACAACAACCCUGUGAGGUAGGUUUGGCUGAGUGGCAGGAACCCAAGGCCACCACCCAGGGAUCUCCAUGGCCAAGUGGGGAUUCAAAGCCUGGUCCCCAGGUCUUGGCCCGACACUCUAACCACUGCAUCACACUGCCUCUGUGUUAAUACCGCUGGAGGGAAAACACCACAACAGCCCUGUCAAAGCCCGCCUGCCCGCCAGCCACUAACUAAGGGCCUACCUCUUGACCUCCUGAUGAUGACUCUGUUCCACUUUUUCUGCCACGUUUCGCUCCAUGAAUUGUCCCGAUAAACCAGACCACGUGCAUUUGGUGCUAAAAAUACAGAAAAGAUGCAAAGUGGUAAACAAAACGCUGCGUUCCCCAAAAACGCUGAGGUCUGCAGCCUGUAUAAAUCAUUCCUGUUUGCCUAGUCUGUUCUGGUUUUGCCCCCUUGCAGUGAGGGAAGGAAGAUCAGAAGUUCCCUUUCAGCAGAUUAGGCUACUCUAGCCCAGUCUUGUCUCUGGCAAAGCAGGUGUCCCGUCUCUGAGUCCUGAUCCAUCUCCCCAAGGACCUCCAGAAAGCACAGGAGCCCCGUCCGCUUCCCCAGAGAGACGUCUUAAUUUCUGCAUUUCUGGGGUCUCACCAGGCAGCACCUCUCUGAACAAAUCUUUACAAGCCUGAGGGCUAGAAACUUGCUGCCUUCGUUUAUGCAUUGCAUUUAUACCCCAGCUUUUUCCUUCCAAGGAGCUCAAGGUGGGGCCCACAGAUCUCCUCCUCCCUGUUUUACCCUCAACAACAACCCUGCGAGGUAGGUCAGGCUGAGAGCGGCAGUGAUGAACCCCCCCCCCGAAGCCACCACCCAGUGGAAGUCAUGGCCAAGUGGGUAUUUGAACCCUGUUCUCUCCCAGGUCCUGGCCCAAUACUCUCACCACACUGGCUCUUUGAUAAAAGGAUGCAGAGAUUCUUGGGCGGCUGAAUUUCACACCCAGUACCAAAUCCCAUGCGUUGUUUUUUUUUCUGAGAACAGUUGUUUUACUCCCAAGCUGUCAUUCAUUUUAAAAUGCACCCUUUUAAAAUGGGUUGGGGACGGAGGGUUAUUGGGUUGUUUUUGUUUUUAAUUGUGUAUUUUGUGUUACUAUAACCUAGCCCCUCUGGGGUUGCGGCGCUCGUCUCGCUUUACUGGCCGAGGGAGCCGGCGUAUAGCUUCCGGGUCAUGUGGCCAGCAUGACUAAGCCGCUUCUGGCGAACCAGAGCAGCGCACGGAAACACCAUUUACCUUCCCACCGGAGCAGUACCUAUUUAUCUACUUGCACCUUGACGUGCUUUCAAACUGCUAGGUUGGCAGGAGCAGGGACCGAGAAACGGGAGCUCACCUCGUCGCGGGGAUUCGAACUGCCGACCUUCUGAUCGGCAAGUCCUAGGCUCUGUGGUUUAACCCACAGCGCCAACCGGGUCCGAGAGCUUCUCUCCUUGCUGUGCCGCUGUGCCCUGUUAAAAUGCAAUGUCCUCUGAACCAGAUCUUAUCGGGGCACAGAAAAUUCAGAGAGAGGUUUGCCCCGCUUCCUAAACCGCACUAAAUGCGCACCUCAAUCCGGAUCUUAAUAUUCAUGGACAAACCCAGGUGCGAGAGAGUUGAGCAGAGAAGAAAACCACAGCUUCUCUGUCAACCCGGCAUCGUUGUACGACGCCGAUCGAACGUGCUCACAGGUCUCCGAGGACACAUGGCAGCUUAUGGCACGAUGCCUUUGCUUGCAAAGCGAAAUGAUUUAAGCGUCAAAUGUAAUUAAAUAGACAUUUGGUGCUUAUGGGGAGGGUGGCUGAAUAUCGAUUGCUGCUUCUUGUAUAAAUUAGUGAAAACAAUAAAAUGUUUGGAUUCCAACCAAACCAGCCGCGCCUGGAAUUGCUCCUGCUCUGUCCAACUCCAGCGAUUAAGAGGGAGAGAGAGAAUUGUUGGGUGCCUGUAAAGGUAAAGGGACCCCUGACCAUUAGGUCCAGUUGUGGACGACUCUGGGGUUGCAGCGCUCAUCUCGCUUUAUUGCCCAAGGAAGCCAACGUACAGCUUCCGGGUCAUGUGGCCAGCAUGACUAAGCCCCUCUGGCGAACCAGAGCAGCGCACGGAAACACCGUUUACCUCCCUGCCAGAGCGGUACCUAUUUAUCUACUUGCACUUUGAGGUGCUUUCGAACUGCUAGGUGGGCAGGAGCAGGGACCGAGCAACGGGAGCUCACCCCGUCGCGGGGAUUCGAACCGCCGACCUUCUGAUCAGCAAGUCCUAGGCUCUGUGGUUCAACCCACAGCGCCACCCGCAUCCCUUGGGUGCCUGUAAUAAGUACUUAUUCUCAUGCUGCAUAGCAAAUCUGUGGAACUCUGUUCCGCAGGAUGGGCAGUGAUGUCCACCUACCUGGUUGGCUUUAAGAGGACUGGACAAAUUGAUGGAGGAAGAGGAGACUAUUACUGAUAUGUUAUAGAUUUGUGGGGGGGUAACCCCAAAACCAUAGAAGUUAAUAAAUGAUAGGAUUUGGAUGAUUUGGGAUUAUUAUUAUUGCCGUCCUCUUUCGCCAGGUCCACAAGGCCAGGAAGCACCUCUGAGAAGCGUCCCUCGCACCAGCCCAGCUGAUUAGGUGCCACCACGGCAGAAGGCAGAACCCAGCUCCAUCCCAUGGGGGCCUCGCCGCGCACCGAUUCCAGGAACCUCCUCGCGAUGGCCAGCCCGGCCCUGCGGACGCCCUGCUCCUGGCCCCGCAGAACCCUGUCCUGAGCCGGGGACCCAGCGCCGCCCGGGCUCUCCGCAGCCCGCUUCCUUGAGGAUGUGCAACGCGACGCUGGUGAGUUGCCACGUGGACUCCAAGAUCGACCACCUCUUCCCUCCGGCGCUGUACAUCGCCGUCAUCACCGUGGGCCUGCCCACCAACUGCCUGGCCCUGUGGGCCGCCUACCUGCAGGUGCGCCAGAAGAACGAGCUGGGCGUCUACCUGAUGAACCUCUCCGUGGCCGACCUGCUCUACAUCGCCACGCUGCCGCUGUGGAUCGACUACUUCCUGCACCACGACAACUGGAUCCACGGGCAGCAGUCCUGCAAGGUCUUCGGCUUCAUCUUCUACACCAACAUCUACAUCAGCAUCGCCUUCCUGUGCUGCAUCUCGGUCGACCGCUACCUGGCCGUGGCGCACCCUCUGCGCUUCGCUCGCUUCCGCCGGGUCAAGACGGCCGUGGCCGUCAGCGCCACGGUGUGGGCCAUCGAGAUCGGGGCCAACUCGGCACCACUGUUCCACAACGAGCUCUUCCACGACCGCUACAACCACACCUUCUGCUUCGAGAAGUACCCCAUGGAGGAGUGGGUGGCGUGGAUGAACCUCUACCGGGUCUUCAUCGGGUUCCUCUUCCCGUGGACGCUGAUGCUGUUCUCCUACCGGGGGAUCCUGCGCGCCGUUCGGGGGAACAUCUCCACCGAGAGGCAGGAGAAGGCCAAGAUCAAGCGCCUCUCGCUCAGCCUCAUCGUCAUCCUGCUCUUCUGCUUCGCCCCGUACCACCUCCUCCUCCUCUCGCGCAGCGCCGUGCACCUGAGCAAGCCCUGCGACUGCGGCUUCGAGGAGACGGUCUUCGUGGCCUACCACACGGCGCUGGCUUUCACCAGCCUCAACUGCGUGGCCGACCCCAUCCUGUACUGCUUUGCCAACGAAGGGGCCCGGGGCGACGUGGCCAAAGCCCUCUCCACCUUGCUGCGCUUCCUGGCCAGCUCCAAGCCCCGAGAGAUGGCCAACGCCUCCCUCACCCUCGACACCCCUCUCUCCUCCAAGAAGAGCAGCUUCUGCCGGCAGCCGCUGGCGCUCCCCAUGCCCCACUCGCAGGGGGGGCCCGCGGGGGACGAGGAGCUCCAGAUGAAGAUACUGACUUUCGAACGCUGAACGCUCGGAGCUGCGUCCGGACGACGCAGAGGCCCUGCUGGCAACUCGCCGGGGCAGGUGGCCGACGGAUAUACUAUCGGACCUAACAAUAAAAUGAUAAUAUUAUUAUUAUAAUAACUUAAAA